CCAAACCCAGAAUUCUCCCCCUCCAACCAAUCCCCCGCCGGCGGCGGCGAAGAAGAAGGAAGACAACACUUCUCUGCUUCCAAAUUCCGGCAAUGGGCUCGACCUGGAAACUAUUCGUGGGGACAGAGCCUCGAGGAGGUGACGAUCACCGUUCCGGUCCCUGCCGGAACCAAAUCUAGGCAGAUUGUGUGCGAGAUCAAGAAGAAGUCUCUGAAGCUGGGGCUCAAGGGCGAGCCGGCAAUGAUCAUCGACGGCGAGCUGUUCGGACCGGUGAAAGUGAGCGAUUCUUUCUGGCAAUUGGAGGAUCAGAAGACCGUCUCUGUUCUGCUGACGAAAUUCGAGGAGAAGAACAAGAGCUGGUGGAAGUCGCUGGUGAAGGGCGGGCCGUAG